AAUUGGGGACAUCAGGUUGUGCUGUACCUUCUCCAGCUGAGCUCUGUCUCACCAGAGGACCCUGACCAUGAGGCUCGUUCAAACACUCGCUCUGUGCCUGGCUCUCUCUUUGAGCCUCGUUGCUGCUUCCCAUCAUAUGGAGGGUCAUGCUCAAAAAGAUGAACCUGAACCUGAAGGACAUAAGCAUGAAUUGCACCAUGGUGCUAAGCUUGACCGCUGUGAAGGAAUGGAGUUUGACGCAGUUGCUGUGAACGAGGAAGGGUUUCCUUAUUUCUUCAAGGGUGACCACCUGUUCAAGGGUUUCCAUGGCAAGGCUGAGCUGUCUAAUGAAACUUUCCCUGAGCUGGACGACCAUCAUCACCUGGGACAUGUGGACGCUGCAUUCCGCAUGCACUCUGAAGACAGCCCAGACCACCAUGACCACCAGUUCUUCUUCCUGGACACCAAGGUCUUCAGCUACUACAAGCACAAGCUGGAGAAGGACUAUCCCAAGGAUAUCUCUGAAAUUUUCCCUGGAAUUCCUGACCAUUUGGAUGCUGCAGUGGAGUGUCCCAAGCCAGACUGCACUGAUGACACCGUAAUCUUUUUCAAAGGUGAUGAGAUCUAUCACUUCAAUAUGAAGACCAAGAAGGUUGAUGAGAAAGAAUUCAAGAGCAUGCCCAGCUGCACCGGAGCCUUCCGUUACAUGAAUCAUUAUUACUGCUUUCAUGGUCAUCAGUUCUCCAAGUUUGACCCAGUUACAGGAGAAGUCCAUGGCAAAUAUCCAAAGGAGACCCGUGAUUACUUCAUGAGAUGCCCACAUUUUGGAAAAAAGAGCACUGAUGACCACAUUGAGAGAGAACAGUGCAGCCGUGUGCACUUGGAUGCUAUUACAUCUGAUGACGAUGGCAGCAUAUAUGCUUUCAGAGGGCACCACUUCCUCAGUAUAACUGGUGAUAAGUUUCAUUCAGACACAAUUGAGAGUGCUUUCAAAGAGUUGCACAGUGAAGUGGAUGCAGUCUUCUCUUAUGAAGGCCAUCUCUACAUGAUCAAGGACAAUGAGGUGUUUGUGUACAAAGUUGGAGAGCCACACACACACCUGGAAGGUUACCCCAAACCCCUGAAGGAGGUCCUGGGAAUUGAGGGUCCCGUAGAUGCUGCCUUUGUGUGCGCAGACAAUCACAUUGCUCAUGUCAUCAAAGGUCAAACAGUUUAUGAUGUUGACUUGAAAGCCACCCCACGUGCACCUGUGAAGGAAGGAACUAUAUCACACUUUAAAAAGAUUGAUGCUGCAAUGUGUGGACCCAAGGGUGUGACGGUUGUGAUCGAUAACCAUUACUACCAAUAUGCAACUCCCAUGAUUAUGAUGAUGGGCAGAAUCAUGCCUGAACAGCGCAAGGUAUCUCAGGAGCUGUUUGGCUGUGACCACUAGAGGGAGGCGUACAGAAAAGGAGAGGAGGAACUGCUGUGCAAGUGAUCUAGUCUGUACAGACUGUGUCUCUUAAAAUAGCCACAGUAACUGCACUGACUAGGAUUUUCAAGCCGUAACAUAUCCACUUUUCUUUAACUUUUGUCAAACCUGAUCUCAAAUUCCUACCUCUGAAGUUCUGCUUGAAUAUUUUAUCCCACCAUAAACAUGUCAACAUAUAAAAGCAAUCCUGGCUUUUGCUGCCAUUACACCGUCUGCUGACUCAUAUUUGCGUCUAUUACCACCAAACGUUUUUUUUAAGCUCCAUCAAUAUGAAAGACUUAAAUAUUUCACCUUGGUCUAUAUACUCUGUGGUUAAUAAAUAAUCUUAUAUCAUUUU